AUGGAGAAGUAUGAACAUCUGAUCGGUGGUUUUGCUGGUGGUAUAGUUAGUACCAUUGCUUGCCAUCCACUAGACCUUCUCAGAAUACGUUAUUCUGCUAAUGACGGUAGCCUUCAGCGUCCAAAUUAUCGCAGUUACUGGCAUGCUACACAAACUAUUGUUGCACAUAAAGGAUAUAAGGGAUUAUAUCAAGGUUUAUCACCAAAUUUGAUUGGCUCAGCUGUAUCUUGGGGACUUUAUUUUCAAAUUUAUCACAUCGUAAAAAAUUUUUGCACGAGAGAAAAAAUUUCGACGACAGUGGAACCUCUGGAUAAUGUAUUGCUCGGGAUGAUUACUGGUGCUGGUAUUUUGUUGUUCACAAAUCCAAUUUGGGUGACGAAAACUCGAUUAUGUUUGCAAUAUGAGACGCAGCAAAUUAAAUAUAAUGGAUGUCUAGAUUGCAUUCGAAAGAUUGCUAAAAAUGAAGGAUUUUUAUCCUUAUACAAAGGCUUUGUACCGGGAGUUAUUGGAACACUUCAUGGUGCUAUACAGUUUAUGCUUUACAAUCGUUUCAAGGAUGAUCGUUUGAAACGUUUAGAUCUUCCAUCAAACCACAUCUUGGGUACUACAGAUUGCUUGCUUUAUUCGAGUGCAUCCAAAAUAAUUGCUACCACAGUGACAUUUCCAUAUCAGGUGUUGAGAACGAGGUUGCAGGACCAUCAUAUAAAAUACAAUGGAAUGUAUGAUAUGAUGAGUAAAACUUACAAAGUAGAAGGUGUAAGAGGUUUUUAUAAAGGUUUGUUAAUGGGCAACCUACGACAGUUACCAAAUGUUAUUGUUACAUAUGUUACUUAUGAAAAUGUGAGGCACCUAGUUCGCCAUUUUUCUUAA